UGAAUAGUCGUCAUACAACGAGUGGUAGUGUGUGUGCGUGUGGUAUUCGGCGGCUUGCUUUGCCAAACGAACAGACAAAAUACCAAAUAGAGACAGCAACGAGUCAGCCAGCCAGGCAAGCAAAGCAUUGCAUGGUCGGUCGGUCGUAGUGACGCACAAUAAAGAUUUUCUUGUCGUGGAAUUCAUACAAAAUACAUAAAUUGAAAAGUGUUGGAGUGUUAACAACUGAAAAAAAAUGAAUAAUUUCACAGCGGAGCGCAACAACUGCCGACGUCGUUUGAUUUUGUUGGUAAAACAACAUCCGAUUCUGUGGAACAAAACCGCCGAAAAUUACAAUCGUAAUCGGCCACAAAAAUUGCAAACAUGGCAAGAAAUCGCAGAACUGCUUGGUUUGUCGGUUGAUAAAAUUCGCCGCACCUGGGAGAAUCUACGCGAUCAAUAUCGCCGCGAUCUGAAACGUGAACUCAAAUAUGGCUUCAAAUCAAAAUGGCGUUUCUUUGGCGAUAUGGAUUUUAUACGUGACAUGGUGGCCUGCAAGGGACAAGUGAAUGAGGGCAGUGAUUCGGAUUCGGAAAUGGAACCUCAUGAAAUGCAUCAAUUUUCCAAAUAUGUUUUUGAAAAUGACACCGAUUAUCCAGAGGCAUCGGAUAUGCCAAGCACUUCGAAUGCUGCAAUGAACGCUAGUGGUCAGAAUGAUAAUUUCCAGCCGAUUAUUCUGAGCAAGCAAUGGCAAAUUCCCAAUCAAACGGAAAAUCAAAUGACCACACCAAUACAAGCUAUAGCGGGACAGAUUACCCGAAGUCCUGAAAAAUCACAAAGAGUAUCCCAAAAUGAUGCUGUGGAAGUGGUUGAAUCCUGUGACUCAUCGAGGAGCUAUCGCCAGAGUGGUGGAAUGCCAAAUCCCAUGGUGUUAAUGGAAAUGAUGGCCAAACGAGAACCCGAAGCUGAGCGUGUAGUUGAAAGGGAACGUAGAGUAUCCUUAGUUGCUACACCACCCCGGCAAUGUAUGCAGUCGCCAGCAAUUAAUCAAAAUCGACAAUUUACUUCGCCUCAAUAUUCGCGACAUUUUCCCCAAGAAUCCUUGGUUAGUACCUCGGAUAUACGACGUUUCGAAAAUCCCCCAGAGUCACCUCAAAGAAAUGUCAAUGUUCCACCCGUGGUAAUUUCUCCAUCCAACAAUGGCUUGCCCAACUCCAUGGAACUAAUGGAAAUGCUGGCCAAAAGAGAACCCCAAAAUGAUUCGGAUUUCGAAAUCGAGGCCGUGACAAUAUCACCAUCGAGACAACAAACUCCAGCUUUGCCUAGGCAAUUUCAUCAAGAGCCACAAGUUUCCACCUCAAGUGCUAGGUCUAAUGGUGGCACACCUGGUGAGGAUGCUGCCGUGGAAACGCCUCGCAGUAGCUCUGCCCCCAAACGCAAACGCAGCAUUGAAUCCGCCGAUCUGGAAACUAAAGAUGAGGAUUACUAUUUCGUUAUGAGUUUGCUGCCCUCCAUACGUCAGAUACCGCGCAAUCGCAAAUUUGCCCUGAGAAUUGGCAUCAUGAAUUUGAUAGCCAAAGAUUUGGAAGAGGUGUGCAAAUGAGAUCGGCUGAAUGGCAGGAAUCGAGCGGGGAAAAGAGGUGCGAAAACCUAAGGAUUGAGAUAUUUUUCUCCCUCUUUCUCUUGGUUGCGGCAAUGGCGGGUUGAGAGAGUAGUAGGGUAUAAUUUAUU